CUUGUUUUAGAACCAACUAGUAGCUCCAAAUUACAUAUAUUAAAGUACAACCAACCAUAUCAUUUCAUAUUUAUCAUUCAACCUCAAAUCUCAAGGAAUGCAUUAACAGAUAGAUACCAAGCCUUAUUUGUGUUCUAAUUACAAGAAUUUAAUGAUCUCUACAAGUUGUACUUAGGGAAAAGAACAACAAUAGGUUUCAAAAUUGGUUACCAAAAGAUGAAUCCACUGUUGACAGGGCAUUGAAGAGAUUAUCAAGCACAGCUUUCACCAAGAAUAUGGAAGCCAUUGAAGAGCUAAGCAAAUAUGAGGAGACCAUCAAACAUUUAUUCAAGCUUUUAAACAAAGUUUGCCAAGAAAGAGAUGAAGCAAGAUACCAACUUCAAUCAAUACUAAAAAGUUCCCAACCAUGUAACACCUCUUACACAAGCCAUCACUUUUCACAAUCAUCAAUGGAAAUUACUAAAAAACCAUAUUUGAGCAACAAAGCAUUAUUCUCAUAUUGUUCAAAUGAGAAGCUUCCUUCUACUUGUGAUUCUUCACAUCAUGCUAGAACAAAAAAAGAACCAAGCAAGUUGGCAUUAUUUCCAAACCAUGAAAACAGAACCACUACUAUAGAAAAGGGUGUUUCAAAAUGUGAUUUUGAUCAUAGUGCUUCACUUGUGAUUGAUGAACUUGUUUUGGGGAAGCCUUUGCCUCAAAAGGGUAGGUUGCUAAGAAGUGUAGCAGAAGCUGGACCUUUGCUUCAGACACUUCUUAUUGCUCCUCUUCCGAAGUGGCAAAACCCUCCUCCUUCUCCUCCUUCUUCUUCUUCUUAUCCUCCAUCUUGCAUUGUAAAUGAUGAUAAGGAUAAUAACAGUGUUGGUGAUCAAAGUGUAAGUGUUAUUCCAACCUCUUUGAGUUUGGCAUUUCCUGGGAAUUACAGUGGAGCUUCUUUGCAUAAUAAUGCAUCAUCAGAGUUUGAGCUACUAGUGAAGAAUGAGCCAAUUUCAUGGGUGGAUCAUAAGGAUUCAAGUAUUUUCCACAAUAAUCAUAUGUUAAUUGGAAAGAAGAGAAAGCUUAUAUGAUGCUACGGUGAUCCUAUUUGUAUGAUUUGUAUCAUAAUGUAUCAUAAUUUUCUUAACUCCUUAUGUAAAAUAUAGGCGUUUGCUCUGCUGCAUAAAGUUUGGUGGCUAAUUUGUGUUUGUGUGUAUAGAGACUAGUGUUGGCUAGCUUAUGAGUGGCUUCAAAAUGUUGUGUAUCAUGCAAAAUUAUAAAAGAAAUCGGAAAAUACAUGGAUUCACUUUUUCUUUAAAUAA